AUGUCACCGAGCAUGGACUCACCACGCGUAGAUGAUCCGGCCAUGGAAACGCCACUGAAAAAGCACCUCGAUGCUCUGCCUCUAGAGAUCCAGCAUUCCAUCUUCCGCCUCCUCGACCCAGCAGGCCUCAUCGCGGUGAGCCAAACGAGCCGAUUCUGGCGACGAAUCAUCAACCCCCAGAGACAACACUUCAUUGAGCGCCUCCUAGCAUGGGAGUGUCUCCCCGAGUACGGUGGUCCGCCGUGCAACGUCUCCAUGGCUCGCAACUCACCUAUACCGGACUGGGACACUGAUGGUUGGAACCACGCUCGCUUUGCCUGCGGAGGCUGCCUCGCGCUUCGCAGACACACCGAUUUCAGCUACAAGUACAUUGCCAGGCUCCGAUUCAAGAAGCCACAGCCCGAAUCGCCACCAUCGCUGCUUCUCACAAGCUGGGAGCCGUCCAACCACAAGCAAUGGGGUCGCAAGCACUGGAAGCAAAAGAAAGAACAAGGCAAUCUCGCGCCACGCGAAUGGAAACGCCGUCUUGGUUGGGCAUUGGGAGGGUACCGUCGUGGAAAGGUAUUCGUCGUUGUUGACGGCAUCCGAAGACGAGCGAGCGAGAAUUUAGACACUCAUUUACGCUACGGAUGCGAAAGCUUCCGCAACAUUUCGGAUGCCGAGUGGGCAUGUAUUUCAGACGAAACGGAAGAUGCCUUGAUGGAAAGAGAGGUGGCCAAGAUCGAAUACGCGCACUCUGGAUCCGACCGCCAUCUUCGCCGUUGCCACACAUAUCGUCUUGGAGCGAAAGGUUGCAUAAGGAAUGAUAUUUCUGGUUACUACAAGAACAACAACUCGUGCCCGGAAACCCAGGGUCGUACCGUGUCUUUCGAAUCCCCGUUGGAGCGUUGGUUCCCGGGCCUGUUCUCCAACACGGGUCUACCGCGGCCGCCCAUCGAUCGAAACGACCUCCCCUGGAGGAUGACUGGCUCUUUCCAUCGUCAGAAUCUGAUUUACAGAAUGUGCCGGACAUGUGGCACCUGGAAAGAAGAGCGCUCAUUCCCAUUGGGCUAUAUUGACGACCACGCAUGUUACCAUUGCAUUGCCAGUGAGCCACGAGGGCGGGACAAGCUUGGUACACUUCUGCAAAUGAGACUCAUUACAUGUUGCGAGGGUCCUAUGCAGCAUCUGCAGUUCCGCCUCGAACAUAACGCGCCUCGCCGGCUGUUGUCAGGAGACUGGCCCGCCACCACGCGGGAAGACGCUCCAAAGGGCCCUCUGGAACCCCCCGACAGAACUUUGAUAUGGGAUUUCAAGACACUUGCCGAGUUUGAAAAACGGUAUAAAUAUUGUCUCGAACUAUUCAAGGAGGGCCAUCUAAAGCUGACACCAGAUUCUCGCCGCGUGGGACAGCACGCCAGCCUGAUGUUCUCUUGCUGGAUAUGGUUGGGGAAGACUUUAGCUAUGCUCCGGGACGACCCAGAACCUUUGUUAGAGUGGGCUCUCGCGCGACAUGGCGCAGAAUUGGGCGAGACAGCGUGA